AUUUCGUUGAAUUAAUGUAAUAUUAUCUGUUGGCAUUGAUAGCUUAAAUGGUGCACUUGGUUGAAUGGUCCUUUAGGUAGCAGCUAUUAAUUACCAUUUGAUGCUAAAAAUAAAGUUCGUUCUUUUAAUGGUGCAGCGAUGUUAUAGAAAUUCUAUAUCUGCAUCUGCCAUUGUGGACUCAUGAUAGAACUCAAUUUUCGAGUCGUUUACUAAAUGAUCCUGAUGAUAUCUGUGCUGUAGAUUUUGAUUUCUAGGAUAACUUUUUUAUUAAGUUGCUUUUAUCUCAAUUAGUUCGUUAAAGAAACUUGUUAUUUUUCAUGAUUAUUCAGUGAUGGAGUGUUAAAUCACAAGUUAUCAAGUGUAGUGAAAAUGUGCCUGAAUCCGGUUAGUUUGGAUAGGUGUUAUGUUGAUUGAUUGAUUUUUACUUUAUUAGAGAGUCCAAUAUCAAAAGCUCUGUAUUGACCCCAAAAUCCCAUUGAUAAUGUUUGAAGAAGAACCGUGAGAGCUAAGGGAUCACUAUGAUAUCUAAGCUUACGUAGAGUAAGAGAUUGUAUAAACUGAUAUUGGAGACAAACUGAGAAUGGUAUUGUGUAUAAUGCACAACUCUAAGUUGCGUGGACUCUUCACUUUUGAUGCCACACCCGUGUUAGAUUCUUAAUAAAUACACUAUUUUUGGAGAAUCCGACACGCACCCAUUGGCAUUUUUGAAGAGUAUGAACAACAUAAAUGCACAUAUAGAAUCUAAGUUGUGUUUUGUGAUGUCUUUGUUCCUGAAUGGUGCUCGCAUAAAUUUGCAGGAAAUGUCAUUCUUAAAGGAUAUUUUCAUUGAUUCUGAAGCCCAUUUUGUGGUGCUAAUUGUACAGAGCUCAUCAACAUUUUCAGAGCUUUUCGGAUAUACAGCAUGCAGACAAUUAUUGCAAAUGUUCAUUUCAAUUAUAUUCUUCCAUGUUUCCGAGUACAUUCUGGCACUUGUCUUUCAUGGGAAGUCGAAUGUAUCUUUUAAGUCGCUUUUGAUAAGCAAACAUUAUGUACUAGCAAUGUUUUGCUCCUUGAUAGAAUACCUUAUUGAAAUCUAUUUCUUUCCCGGCUUAAAGGAAUAUUGGUGGAUAAGUAAUUUUGGCCUCGCAAUGGUUGUUCUCGGAGAAAUCAUAAGGAAGUUGGCAAUUGUGACAGCUGGCCAAGCCUUCACUCAUCUAAUAAAGGUUUAUCAUGAGGAAAAUCAUCAGUUGGUUACGAAUGGGAUCUAUAGAUUUGUCCGGCAUCCCGGUUACUGUGGUUUCUUCAUCUGGUCUGUUGGUACACAAAUAAUGCUAUGUAAUCCAGUAUCAACCAUUGCAUUUACAGUUGUUGUGUGGAAAUUCUUCUCGGGAAGGAUACCUUACGAGGAGUUUUUCCUCAAGCAGUUCUUUGGUUCUGACUACGAAGAUUAUAUGAGAAAAGUUCCUUCUGGUAUUCCACUUGUGAGGUGAUUAUUCAACAAAUCUUCUUCAUUGCUCUACAUAUUCAUGCCUAACGUCAUCUGCUCAUCGGUGCUGAGAUAACACUGUUUAUGAAUUUUAUCUUCUUAGACACUCUUUACAGUUUUCAUAACAUGAAGUUCGCCAGAAAAAGGUUCCUCCUAGAUAUAACUUCUGAGGUGAUGCUUCUAUUAACCCUUGUAGAGCGCGUUUAUCUUAUUUGUAUCAUCAUGUUUUCAUCGUAUCAUCUCUUUGUUAAGACUUAGGUAAACUAGUCUUAUGGGGAGCUGUAAGUUAUAACUGUAUUUGUAGCUAUGGCUGAUGGGACAGUGUUUUUAUCAUACUCUUAAGGAGAAGAAAGGCUUUGUAACAUUUUCUUUAUUUGUCAAUUCAUUACCACAUUUAUGUACAGUCAUAUUUCUAUUA